GAACCCCAAUCAUGACUUACAAAUAUAGGGAUUCACUUGUUCCACCGAAUGACAUACAUCACCAUGUCUACCCAGUGACCUCCUAUUUCCAAGGUCAAGAACACGAUUACAAAGUGGUGUGCUACUUCGGUAGUUGGGCAGUUUAUAGACCUGGUGAUGGAAAGUUUAAGAUUUCAGAUAUUGACCCUUUCAUCUGCACACACUUGAUAUACGGUUUUACAGGCCUGGGUCCUGAUAACAAAAUUCGAAUACUUGACCCCUUUAACGAUGUGGCAGACAACUAUGGAAAAGCGGCUUAUUAUCACUUCAACGCCCUCAAAAAGAUCAACGUUAACCUGAAAACGCUGAUAGCAAUUGGGGGUUGGAAUGAAGGGUCUGUGAAGUAUUCCAAUAUGGCUGCUAAUCCCGCAUCCAGAAAAGUUUUCAUCGACAGUGUGGUACAGUUCUUAAAGCAGUAUAAGUUCGAUGGUUUGGACCUGGACUGGGAGUAUCCUGCUGCUCGAGGUGGCAAACCAGAGGACAAACAAAACUUUGUGACCCUUAUUCGGGAAAUUAAAAACGAAUUCAACAAGUACGGCUUUUUAUUAACCGCAGCCGUUUCAGCUGGCAAGCAUUUUAUCGGUCCCGCCUAUGACGUCCCUCAAGUUUCAAAUUACCUGGAUUUCAUCAACGUCAUGUGCUACGAUUAUCACGGAGGUUGGGAGACCUUCACAGGUCACAACGCCCCCCUUUACCCCAGACCUGAUGACAAUGAACUUAACCAGAUCUUGAAUGUGAACUUCUCAAUAAAUUAUUGGAUUUCUCAAGGAGCCGCUAGAAACAAGCUAAUCCUUGGAAUGGGUUUAUAUGGGCGUUCAUUCACCCUUUCCAGCGCUUCCAACACUAGCUUGGGAGCUCCAGCGCCACAACGCGGCGAGGCUGGUCCCUACACUAGGGAAAAGGGCUCCCUUGGGUACAACGAAAUUUGUGAAUCCCAAAUGAGAGAGCCUUGGACUAUCGUUCAAGACCCCUACUACAUGGCACCCUAUGCCUAUAAGGGCAGACAGUGGGUUGGCUAUGAUGAUGUAGAGAGUAUUAAACGAAAGGUACGAUAUGCUAAAGUCAUGGGUCUUGGAGGUGGCAUGGUUUGGUCUAUUGAAACUGAUGAUUUUACCGGAAAAUGCCAUACACAACGUUACCCUUUGUUGCAAGCUAUUAAUGAAGAAUUUGCAGACCCUAGAAUGGACUUACCUUUACCUCCUAAGAAGACUCCAUCUUCAGGAAUAGAGCAAGAAACUGAGUCAACUACAACAUCAACGUCGUCUACAGUAUCUUCAUCAACAACCAGUAGCACGAGUCAGUCCCCCUCUACUGUAAAACCUGACAGCCAAACAUCGCCAGAAGAGCCUGAAGUAGUGAAAAUUCUUUGUACCAACGAAGGGUCCCAUCCCCAUCCCAAGAACUGUUCAAGGUUCAUCCAGUGUACUAAUGAUGGCAAGAAAUUCGUGGCGUAUGAACUUACCUGUUCAACGAAUACUGUCUUCAACCCUAAAACUGGCCUUUGCGAUUGGCCAGAUAACGUUCCAAACUGUUAUGAUUACUACUACUACCGGAAAUACGCCCUCUACAUACCAUAACGCUUACAAAAUAUAUAAAUUUAGCUCAAAAUUAACUUCUUUCUAUAGAUUCUGGUUACAUUUUUAUCCAUAACUUCGCAUAUGUUGUUGUAGGAGACUCGGAGUGGCUAUUCUCCCAUAAAUAAUUCCAGCUAAAAAGUAGGCCUAAUUUUAUGUUUUUGUUUUGUUUUGUUAGUGGUCCACGAUGGUGUUUUAUUUGAUACGAUAUUAAUUUUCUCUUUACAUGAUAAUACCAUUGGAGAAUUUUUUUUGUUUGCUUUUUUUUACAUAAAGAAACUCACUGUUCAAGGAAAACCUCGAACUCCAAAUCUUUGAUGGCUUCAGCUAUAUUUCAAUAAUAUAUGUUUAGCUUUUUUCUAUCUUUUCUCCUUGGUUGCCUCA